AUGGGCGACGCUUCGCUCACCUCACCCUAUGCCUCCUUCAUCGACCAUUUUUGCCCGUCAAUGGGACCCUACGAGGACCUCUACAAACACCUACACCAAAACCCAGAACUGUCGAACCAAGAAAAGCAGACCGCCGCCACCAUCGAGUCUCGUCUACGAAAGCUCUCGCCUGAUCUCGAGGUAAAGACCAACAUCGGCGGCUACGGCAUCAUCGCCGUCCUCAGGAACGGUCCCGGCACGACCAUCCUCCUCCGUGCCGACUUUGAUGCCCUCCCAGUCCUCGAAAAGACCGGUCUGCCCUACGCCUCGAAAGCAACCCAAGUCGACGAGCGCGAUGGAUGGACCAAACCAGUCAUGCACGCCUGCGGCCACGACUUCCACGUCACUGCGCUCCUUGCCUGCUGCGAGACCUUGCUGGCGUCCCGUGACCACUGGGCCGGCACAGUGAUCUUCCUCUUCCAGCCCGCUGAGGAACGCGGUAGCGGCGCGCAGGCCAUGAUCUCCGAUGGAUUGUACGACUCGAAACGGCACAACUGCCCUAUCCCUGAUGUCGUCCUUGGCCAGCAUGUCUUCCCCGUGCGGCAAGGCUCCCUGUGUACGAAGACCGGCACCGCCAUGAGCGCGGCCGACUCCUUGAAGAUCACCAUCCACGGCCGUGGCGGGCAUGGCAGCAUGCCGCACCGGACCAUCGACCUGUUGUUAUCGCCUCCUCAAUCGUGCUUCGUCUCCAGACGAUUCAUUCAAGCUGGCGACGCCGAGAACGUGAUCCCCUUCGAGGCAGUCAUCAAAUGCAAUACCCGCACCGUGACGAACCGAACCCGCGAGAAGGUCCGCAAAGCCAUUGAACGCAUCGUCAAAGCCGAGUGCGUCGCCGGUGGGUGCGAGCGAGAACCGGAUUUCGAGGUGAUCAGCUCCUUCCCGCUUACCGUGAACGACGCCGACAUCGUCGAGAAGCUCUCCGCUGGCAUGGAAGCUCACUUUGGGGAGAGAUACAACAAGGAGAUGCAAUUCGCAUUGGGGAGCGAGGAUUUCUCCCUGCUGGCGAGCAGCGUGGAUCGUCCUUACUGCUUUUGGUUCUUCGGGGGGAUUGAGGGCAAGGAAUGGGACGAGCUGGCGGAGAAGGAUAAAUUGGAUCUGGUGCCGACGAACCACUCGCCGUUCUUUGCGCCGGUGUUGCAGCCUACGCUGAAGACGGGUGUGGAGGCGUUGGUGGUUGCGUCGUUGACUUACCUAGGCAAGGAGGGCUCUGGCGUGGUGAAAGGGAAAAUAUGA